GUGCUGUGGAUGGUGGUUGAUGUUGGGACGUGCUGACUGUUCUGAGUACAUGUGGGUUCAUUUCAUCCGUGUGUUUCAAGGAAUGGCUUCGCACGGACGAGGCCGCUCCGCUGGUGGCUCCGCCCCGCAUGGAGAGGAGCGUUGAGGGACGACGUCGUCGCCGGCAAGGGAAACGAGUUGGGGAGGUGGAGGACGGCUCCGACCCGUUGCAACCACCGUGCGGGCCGCUCUUGUUCGUCGUCGUUCGCGCCGACAGAACGCGUCUCGCAGGGUCCAUCGUCCCGUGGGUCGACGAUGGCGGAUACAAUUUCAAGUUUACGUUGAAGAAGCAUUACAAAAGUAAUGGUUCCGUCCACGGCAUCACAAAGGGAUGCAAGGUUGCCGGGAGGAUGUUCGGCGGGUACGGUCGUCGUGCGAUGGCUUUGCCUCACUUUGUCCCGCUGGCGCCGGGGCACGACGAGGCCGUUCACAUCACAGGCUUCCUCGAGGUCUGGGCGAGAUCUGGUACCUCUGUCAGUGCCGUGGAUGUCGGACCUGGAACAUUGAUCAGUGGUCCUGUUGGGUUCACGGGAGGAGAGUGCUUUGAAAGGGGGAUGGGAGGUCAGGGUGGCCUGCCAGCUACGCCUCCUGAUCAAGAGGUGGGCAUGUCAGACGACUCGGAGGACGACCAUCCGCGUGCUCCUUUGAAACUGGGCUUGCAUGUAUCUCGCCGCCAAGGUUUGCUUGGGGAGUCGACGCCACAUGGAGGCGGCGAUGGCGAACGGUUGCGACAGGGCUCAGAAUCGACGACUCCUCGUGGUCUGGUCGAAAGGAUUGGUUCGUUCGUUCGUGGCAUGCAGGUGGCCGAGGUUUCGCCUAGAGAUCGCGCGGGUGGUCUGCAGGUUCGAGAGGUGCGUGGGUCAGAUGAGACGACUCGCCGGGCCCGACCUUUGCCGGCGCAACUGCAGACGGAGUUGAGCCAGGAACGAGAAGCAAAUGGGAAUGUCGCCGGUGMGGAGGAGGUGUCCGAGCAGGGGCUGUUCCGUGAGAGAUCGGCUGAAAAGACUCUGUCGGGAGGCAAACGCAGCUUGCCGGAUAAGGAAGAGCGAGAGGGACUAGGUGCUCUGAAAAGGCAGAGAAAGUUAGGAGGGAGUGCUCGGACGCCAACAACACGAGAGGGCGGUUCCGUUGAGAAGAGGAAAAGGGUKGGAGGUGGGRAUGAAACGCCAAAAGACUCGUCRACACGGCGAAGAGCCGGUGAGUCUUCCGGGAAACGGAGGAAAUCAUCGAGGGGGAAGAAAGCUGACGAGGGCGACAACGGGAAGGGGGAUGACGACGUGGAGAUUAACCUCAACGCCUUUAACCUCGACAAUGCGUUCUUCCUCGAGAUGCAGACAGGGGUGCAGAAGGACGUCGUGUUGCACAUCCAUCCCGAAAGAACAUUAGCUAUUCCAGACUGGGAAGACGCGUACACCUACCGAUCCUUGGACGAGUUCCUCGUUGAUACCAUCGCGUCGGCUAUGAUCGACUGCUACGAACGUAAAGACAUGAGAUACACGAAGCCCAUUUUCGUUCUCGCUCCGAUCGUCGCGCCUCCAGAGAACGGCGAGCCUGCUGYGMGCGUGCUGCCUGYUGACUUCRACARCUCRCACCCGGAGARAUACUGGUAUUAUCCUGUGUGUGGACAGCAUAACGCGAGGGCGGCGAUGAUGGUGAAAGACCAUCCCAUGUUUGAUUACUACAACUUCUGUAAAUGGCCGUUCAGACCGAUCUACUUCCCUGACGACGAGUUCGACGGCUACGCCCAUGCCAGCUACGAAGACAACAUGAAAGACAACAAGAAUCCACCGCGCUUGCAGGCUUUGUCUAUGCGGGACAUUCGCAAUAUGUGGAAAAUUAAGGGCAAACCGCGUGUGGUGCUCGGCAAUGCAUCGAAGAAACAGGACGAGGUGCGGAAGUGGGUGCGGUUCAUGGUGUUGGCAAUGAAGAAGACACCGUACACGCCUAUCUGGAACCUGUCAACGAAAGCAAAGAAAAGAAAGGAAUGGGCUGAGAAACCUCGAUACUACCUCCCGCUGGCCAUGGCAGAUGACUCCGUCUUCCCUUUGGGGUUGAAGUUCUUUGAGGAGUGGUCGAAAGGGAAACUCCUUGCUUCCGACGGCCGGUGUUGGACUGAAAAGCCGCCCACCCAUGAGGAGGUAGCCAAGCCAGGACUCUCCACUGUGACUGACAGCCAGGGGCUGAAGAAACACGUCUGGUACUUGAAGGUGGACGACCCGUCAUUGAAAAAGGGCAGGGGGAAGCCAAAGAAAGGCGCGGAGGAGAAAACUUUCUACGUCCAAGUUCCUGAGCCGGAUGUCCACUGCUGGAAGGAAUUGGUGGACCUGACGGACCGCGAGAAGAAAAGGUUGUUGAACGGCGUCUUGAACCUUAACGUCGUGUGGGUUCAAAUGAGUAGCAAGAAGUUGGCCGAGCAGGGGAAGUUCAGUGUCAAGGAGAUGGUCGACAUAAUAAAAAUGGACCGGAUUAUGUUGAGGCUGUGGCACUACGUGGAGUUCGAGAACGAGGAAAUGGAUAAGCGGGAGUGGAAUGCCAACUCCACGUUUUUCAGGUCCAAGAAUCAACUGUUCGAAGAGUUCAAGGACAGAGGUCUCGACGACAAGCUUUGGAACGAGAGCAGGAAAUUUUUCACGGACACCACGUACUUUAACGUCGACCCAUUGAGUGCCAUAGAUCAUAGGGAGGCGCUGGGAAAACUAGGGCAUCAGCUACGCUCCCACACUUGCGUGCUCGACUUGUGCGGUGAUGUGGACCGUGCGCAAUGGGACUCUGGGGCAUUCGCGUCUGUGAGUGAGUUGCUGGGCUUUGUUUGUCGGGACUACUGGACAUUGGUGGUAUUCGUCCUCUGCCUGUGGAACCUCUCCUUCAUGACAUUUUUGUCUGCGCUUGGGGCUACACGAUGCUACACGGGGAAGUGGGUUCGGAAGACGGCAUCGAAGAAGACGCAUCAGUUCAGAAACAGCGUCUGGGAGGAGCCGGAUGUGAUGCAUAUCCUUUUCAAAGGCGAGGAUCCUCGGCUACUGACUCACCCGGUGUACGAGGGAGCUGUUGCUGAAGACGACGCCGCCGCUCUCCGGAGGAAACAGAAAGUGACACCCACGGAUGUGGAGGAGAAGUCUUUCAAGUCCUUGACUUUCGCGGACAUCGGAAACCUCACCCAGAGGGGGGCUCUGUACAAGGAUGGCGAACGGAAUCCGAAUCAGUUGUGCAAUCAGCUUCUUUUCUUCUCUGGUGUGGCGGAUGCCGUGAUGUUCUUGGGCAAGCCGCACGCGCACGUGGUGUGGAGUCUGCUUCAGCAGGGAAGGCACGUCUUGGCCGUGGAUGAGGACACAACGCAGCUCGAAUACACCGUGCAGUAUGUCACCCAUGAAGUGUCGUUCAAGGCUUACCCAUGCGAUUUCCACCAUGUCGUGGUCGAGCCCGUUUAUGACCCGAACAAGCACAUGUUCUUCAAGUUGACUUCAAAGAAAAGACGUCAGGUCUACUCCUUCCUUUACAGCGAACAACCAAGCUUGAGAUUUGACCCGCAGUACGUGGUGCGGAAGGAAGUCACCAUUGCGGUCCUCCAGGGCUACAACGGAGCGAGAUGCUGUCGAUUCGGCCGACUUCACAAGCUGGCGUUCGGUGAGGAGGACGACUUCAAUAUCGAGACUGAGCAGGAGGAGAGCGUUGAGGACGACCUCUUCGAUUUGGACGGGCAAUUGGCCAUCUUCAACGCCCAAGUUUCUGAGUCGCCAUCAGUAUGCAAACCGGGGACACCUCUCGCUACACCUACCUUGGGCGGUCCCACGCCCGUAUCCUCCUCAGCGCCUGUCAAGAGGGGUGGGUUGUCCCAUCUUAGGAGUUCGCCGGGGGAGCCUAUUCGCCCCACACCGCAGCCCGAACGUCUUCGACCCGGCCAUCCAGUUCCUCGGGACCAUCCGCAUCUCAAGGCUCCUGCGACUCCCUUCCACAUGGGCGACAAACACACCUUCUCCACAGCCGAAGGUUGGGGCCAUGAUAUCGUGUGGCACCCAGACCAUUUCCAGCCAGUCCUUCUUGACAGCGAAUGGGCAGUGGCUGUGGACGUAAGUGGAGGGUGGAUAUAUGACGAUCCUUGGGACCUCGAGAUAUUCAAAUCUCGCGCCUACGAUGCGGUAUUGGAGAGAUUAAGUGAGGUCAAUCAACGAAGUAAGAACGACCCUGCUCUGUGCGAAUACGGGGACACGCUGUUCGAGUUUUUGCAGUCAAAUAAAUGGCUGAAAGUGUCCUCCGCGUUCUACGCCCUUCCGUCAAGCCCGUCAAUUAAGCAAGUGAGUUGGGAGUUGCCUGAGGUCACCCCGCCGGCAGGAGUUGUGAAGCGCAAGUCUCGUGGAAAGGACGGCGACGGGGAUGGUGAAGGCGGCGGACAACGAGGUACCGGAGGUGGAAGUGAACAGCGUUCAACGAAAGAACGGUCUUCGGGGCACGCAGGCGGCGGAGAGGGGGAAAAGGGCAGCCGGGAGAAGAGAAAGCCUCGCAGCGGAGAGAAGACAAAGCAUCACAGAGGAGACGGGUAGGGGUCCGAUGUCGACCGGGACGAGGAUGGUGGGGUUCUGGCGGUGACAGGCAGCACCUCAAUGGAGACGGGGAACGACUUCAGGUCUGGGUGGAUUACGUGGCCUGGCGAGCAGGACCCUGUGAUUAGCUCCACCAGCGGAACACAGUAUACCGAUGUUGUUGGCGGGGCAGUUGUAGCAAAGAAUGAAACUUGCUUUGCUCA